AUGGAAGGUGUAAGGGUGGCCGUUGCCGGUGGCCGGCGGCGCAGAGCGGAGCGGAGCCCGCUCGGGACGCGCCCCCGCGGCGGCGGCUCGGACGGGGGCGGCCGGUGCUACCAGAGCGGCGGCCUCAUGUUUUCCCCUAGCCAGGAGGAGCUGUGCGCGCUGAACAAGGAGCCCGUCAAGUACGGGGAGCUGGUGGUGCUGGGGUAUAAUGGAUCCCUCCCUAAUGGUGACAGGGGGCGCAGGAAAAGCAGAUUUGCCCUUUAUAAGCGAUCUAAGGCAAGCGGAGUUAAACCCAGCACUGUUCACGUCAUCUCUACUCCUCAAGCAUCAAAGGCAGUGUUUGCUCCAAGGAGUGACUAGAGCUGCUUCUUAAUU